CCGGCGCAGAGAGACAGACAGGCAAGCCAAGUCAUGGAGGCGAUAUGGCUCUAUCAGUUCCGGCUGAUCGUCAUCGGAGACUCCACGGUGGGCAAGUCGUGUCUGAUCCGGCGGUUCACCGAGGGCCGCUUCGCCCAGGUGUCGGAUCCCACCGUCGGCGUGGACUUCUUCUCCCGGCUGGUGGAGAUCGAGCCGGGCAAGAGGAUCAAGCUUCAGAUCUGGGACACUGCGGGUCAGGAGCGCUUCAGGUCCAUCACCAGGGCUUACUACCGUAACUCAGUGGGCGGGCUCCUCCUGUUCGACAUCACUAAUCGACGCUCUUUCCAGAACGUUCACGAUUGGCUGGAAGAGGCUCGCAGUCACGUCCAGCCCCACAGCAUCGUCUUCCUAUUGGUGGGCCACAAGUGUGACCUGGAGGCACAGCGCCAGGUGACCCGCCAGGAGGCAGAGAAGCUAGCAGGGGCGUACGGGAUGCGCUAUGUUGAGACGUCGGCCCGCGACGCCAUCAACGUGGAGCACGCCUUCACCGAGCUGACCAGGGACAUCUUCGCCUUGGUGCGGUCUGGUGACAUCACAAUCCAGGAGGGCUGGGAGGGCGUUAAGAGCGGGUUCGUCCCCAACGUGGUUCACUCCUCGGAGGAAGUGACCAAGAGUGACCGCCGCUGUCUCUGUUGAUCUGGGAAAAGCUGGAAUGAUAGGACUGGUGGAGAAAAGGGGAGGGGAACCAGGGAGGAUUCAGAGGGGAGUGGCUGACGGACUGAGUGUCAGCCCUCUGACUGAAACUGUUGGUAACCCUCAGUUAUUCUUUCUUCUGACUGGAUACGGAGGAGGAUGUUCAAGGAUUUCAAUGAAAAGGUCAGCUGAAGGCGAAAAAGAACACCUUAAACGUUGGUGGACAGCUGGAGGCUUGUGCCCAUUUCUGUUCAUAUACGUUUAUUUUAAUGGAGAGGAAGGAUUACAAAUGCUCAUUUACUUACGAGGGCUCCCAUAAUUCAGUUCUUUUAGUUUUGUUUUGGGCUUCUUGCCUGAAAAUCCCUCCUUGAUAGUCUUAGAAAGGCCUUAGAAAGAGGAUCAACUUACGUUCUUCACAAAAUACACUCUUGACUUCUUUAACCUUUCUUUCUCAGCUCAUCUCUUCCUUCACCUCUCCUCUCACUACUUCCUAACCUCAUCCUCUAAGUUGGUGUCCAACAUGCUCUCAGCACAUAUCAUUCCAAAGCAUUGUAGUCAGCAACCUUAGAUUCAACCUCCAUCAUAGUUUCUCUCGUGCUGAUAUUUUGCUCCACAUUCCACCAUUAGAGCUCAAUGGAGGAGUCCUGGAGGUCCCAAAUUUAACAAGGGAAGACUGAUUUAACGACUGGAGUUGUGAUUUUCUUGGGAUGACAUUAUUUCUCCUUGGAACAAUUUGGGCCUCCGGUGAGCUUAAUGACAUUGACUUCAUGGUUGUAUCCACCAUAAUUCUGCUAAGUACGGCACUAUAACAAAACCCCAUCACCCAUCCAGUUCCCAAUGGACUCUGUAAACAGGAAGAGACUUGUACAGCCUAACUGACCAAGGUGGAUGAGCAACUCCUACCUGCCUUUACAUGGGAACUCAUUAUGGUGGAUUAGUAGGAGUGUUGGAGCCAGGAAGCACCUUAAUAUCCAGUGUCCACCAUAAUAUAACAGGAGCCUCAUUUGGGGGGCAUUCAAAAGGUGAUAAUCAGCAAACUGGAGAUCAUUUAUUUCUUGAAGGCAAAGCAAAGCAAACAGAGAAAGACCAAACCAUUCAGAGGGAAACUGAACGAAUGGACUCCACAAGCAGCCACAUUACCUACAAUGCACGCAUAAGGACUGAGGUGUACCACAAUUUAAUCAAGCAAAGAAGGUCCAAUAGGUAGGCAUUAAUUGAGUCCAACACAGAUACAGGCAUAAGGGUUUACAUGAUUUUUUUUUUUAAAUGUGUGCACAUGUUCAAUAUCCUUUUGUUUUUGGUUUAAAAUGCUCCAAUGCUACAGGUUGAUAUAAGCGCCAUAGUUACUUGGGAGGUUUCUUUGGGUGAAUCAGAUACCUAUGCCUCAAAAAAACUCAACUGUAAAUGCGAACAGGAUGCAUUACAGGAUAUCAAAAAAGCCUUUUUGACUCACCAUGGUCAUAUCGUAGGAAAAAUACAGUACAAAUAUCUUUAAACCUACAUUAAGGGAAGCUGAAACAAGAUGUGAACACAAUACUGACAUCACCUUUUAAGUCAAUAUGUUGGACUUAUUGGUAAACAAUUUCCACAUAUAGCAGUUAUGGAGCCACAUUAUCAUUCAUUUGUAGUCAUGUUUUAUGUCCACCUGGUGAAUGUAAGUCCAAUAUUCACUCUCUUUUAGUUCAGUACCAACUUCUGAGGGAAAUAUCUGGGUCUUUAGGUGCUAAAUGCUCAGAAACAUUCACCAGCUAGUUGCUAACUGUGUCUGUUUGUGCAAACUAAAAGAGUAAAGUCUCACCUGGACAACUAAACAAUAAGCUGAAAGAUGCUAUAAAGCUGAGAGGAGCUGUUGAGUCCCAUCCGAAUCACAUAUUGUUUGGAAAUCAACCACUGGACCAAAUGUAUGAAUCUGUUUAUAUUUGCUAGCCACAUCAACCUAACUGACUUUCUUUACCAAACUUAAAUUAAUUAGCGUCAUUUAAACACUGACAAGGGACACAAAGACACUUGUAGCAUUGCUAUUUAAUGGAUUUCACAAGUACCUAGAUCGCCUGGUGUAAAUCUAGAAAUCUUUUUUGCAGGAUUCUCACUUAUCAUAAUCCCAAGUAACUUUUUAAUGUGAAUCAAUUUAGUUCUUUCCCUCCUGCGGUUAAUUAUUACACUCCUCUGUAGGCCAGUGUUGAUAAUGUAAGCGCGUCAUUUUCUCACAUUGUUUGCCUUCUUUCAUAUAUAUCUCCAAAGAGUACUGCUCAUGUCAUUUUAUUUUAACAUGAAUGUAUAAGCAGGGGAGGGGAGGGGGGGAGAAAAGGUGAUUUUACACUGAGUUGUCAAAUCAGAAAUGUGUGAAUGAGAAACAUUUGCAGUAAACGUAACUCACCCUUUUCCUUACUUUACAAAAGCUCUGACAAAAAAAAUGUGUCGAGACUUGAGUGGAAAUUAUUCAAAUGAUAGUCCGUUAUUCCCUCGACUCUACAUGUCAUAUUAUUCCUUUACUGAAGUGAGUGAAAUGCUGCCGGAAAAAAGUCGACCCUCCCAGGAAUAAAGAAAAAAGAAAAAGAAAAAAAAAGAAGCAAAUGUUCUCCCGGAUACUUGUGUUUUUGAAAUUUGACAAGGUUUUUUAGCAAGGUCACGACCAGGGUUUGUUAAAUCCCACAACAGCUUUAAAAACAGUCUGUUUUCCUUCCUCUGCCUUGCUGUAUCAUCACAUGCUUUCUACUCAAACACUUUUAAACAUUCCCAAGUGGACAUCAUCACGGA